AUGUCCUCACCUACCUCAAGCGCCCGGGCUGGUAGCCAUCGCGGUGGCUCUUCAUCAAUAUCAGCCUUGGUAUCCACUUUGGUGCCAUGCAUCGUUGUCGCUGGCUUUCUUGUGGGAGCCUUCCUGAUGCUUCGUGUCAAGUUGAGAAGAGUAUAUGCCCCAAGGACGUAUCACGACGCACUUUACGAUGAUGAAAAGACGCCGUCAGCAGGACCGAGCACUUUUGGCUGGCUCAGUCACUUCAGCGGAUUGAGUGAUGACUAUGUACUCAAUCACCAUUCGUUGGACGCAUACCUCUAUAUGCGCUUUCUGAAGGUCCUUACUUUGAUGUGUUUUGUUGGUGCCAUAGUCACUUGGCCAAUCCUAUUCCCUGUCAACGGCACAGGCGGUGCUGGGGAGUCAGGGUUAGAUGUCCUCUCUUUUUCCAACAUCUCGGACUCCAACCCAGCAAGAUAUUUCGCUCAUGCGGUAAUAGCCUGGGUCUUCUUUGGCUGGGUGAUGUUCCUUGUUGGCAGGGAGAUGCUGUAUCUCGUCAAAGUCCGACGGGCUUACCUUCUGUCAACGUGGAACGCUAGCCGGAUCUCGCAACGCACGGUGCUAUUCACUGACGUACCUGAAAAGAGCUUGACGCUGGAGCACUUGCACUCUAUGUUCCCUCAGGUGGCACAGGUCUGGUUGGUGCCAGCCGUAGAGGAAUUGGAGGACGAUGUUGAAGAUCUUGAAAAGAUGGUCUCGAAGCUGGAGGCGAGCGAAAUCAAACUAAUCCAAACGGUGAACAAGCAAAGAAUCAAGAAUGGAGAGAAAGAGUCGAGUGUUGAUACAGAUUCACGACCAAAGCACAGGCUCAAAUUUCUGAUCGGCGAGAAAGUCGACUCCAUAAGCUACUAUCGCAAGCAGGUUGCAGAACUGCUCCCCAAGAUUCGCUCGGCACAGCGGUCCCAUCUAGCUGGCAAAGAAAGACUAGUCGGUGCAGUCUUCAUCGAGUUCGAGACCAUGGCAGCUGCGGAAAAAGCUUUCGACGAUAAACAACAUCGCAGACCUACCGAUUUUUCAGCUCGUCAGAUGGGCGUUCUGCCUGAUGAGGUCAUCUGGAAAAAUUUGGGCAUGGGGGCCAAGAGCAGAAUGAUACGUCACAUUGCAGCUACUAUUGCAAUCUCUGUGCUCAUCGCGUUUUGGAGUAUACCAGUGGCAAUUGUCGGUGUCAUAAGCAACGUAAAUUACCUUACUGAGAACGUACCUUUCUUGGGAUUCAUUGAUAGCAUACCGAGCGUCAUCUUAGGUGUGGUGACGGGUCUGCUCCCGGUAUUGUUACUUGCCGUGCUCAUGGCCUUAGUACCAGUUAUCUGCCGCUUUCUUGCAAAGUUGUCGGGAGCCGCCACUACCUCGGAUGUGGAACAACAAUGCCAGAAAUGGUACUUUGCUUUUCAAGUAAUUCAAGUCUUCCUGGUCACAACAUUCACCUCUGGUGCCGCAGCAGUGGCAAGCCAGAUCGUCACAGAUCCUACGCAAGCUGUCCCACUUCUCUCACAGAACCUGCCAAAAGCUUCCAACUUCUACAUCUCCUACUUCAUUCUGUACGGUGUUGCUAACGCGGCACGGUAUUUGUUCAACUUGAUAGGGUUGCUCGGUGCUGUAGUUCUGAGCAAGUUUGCUAAGACACCAAGGAAAAAGUACUUGCGCUACAUCAAAUUCACAGAACCUUCAUGGGGAGCCGAAUAUCCAAAGUGGACCAAUCUGGGAGUCAUUGCCAUCUGCUAUGCUGUUAUCGCGCCGCUCGUGUUGGGAUUUGCGACCGUUGGCAUCGGCCUCAUCUACCUGUCGUACCGAUACAACAUGUUCUAUGUGCACGACACGCACAUCGACACAAAAGGCGGAUUCUAUGCGCGAGCUCUUGAGCAACUAAUGGUUGGUGUCUAUCUCGGCGAGCUCUGUCUAUUGGGCCUUUUUGGUCUUAAUAUUGGGAACAGCGUUGUGUCUGCCGGCCCCACAGUCAUGCAAGGCGUGCUGAUUGUAAUGACAGUCGUCUUCCACCUUUUCAUGAAGAGGAAGAUCAAACACUCAAAUUUGUCUUUCCAUGCGGCAAAAUUUGAUGCGCGAGAUGCUGAAAAUGGACAAGCUGGUGACCAAACUAUCGCGCCUCAGGGUCUCAGGGACAGCAGCCGGACAUCAGACCAGGGUCUGGUCUCGAGUGACAAUGACCAAGAGGACAGACACAUGACCUAUUCAGAGAACAACCAACUCGAAUCACCUUCCAGUGCCCCGUUGAAGAGAUCACCGCUACAGCGCGUAUUCUCUCCACACACGCUGUCUGUAGACCAGAUCUCUGCCUCUUUGAUUCCUCGCUUCAACCACCCGGUGCCUCCAUACACGAGACAGGACGUUUUGGAAGCAUACCUGCAUCCAGCUAUGGCUCAGCGACGUGAAGUCAUUUGGCUCGCUAGAGAUUCAACAGGCUUGAGCAAGAACGAAGUCGCAGAGUUGUUAGACCGCCUAGGAAGUCAUCACGUUGAGAUCACAGAUGAGGGAGCCACGAUGAAUGAGAAAGGCAAGGUCUUUUGGGACGAUACGAAUGUCAAGCAGGCGCCGUUAUGGAAAAGUCCAAUUGUAUAUUAG